GAAAGGAGCAGCUACCAUGAUAGCGGCAACUUUGUUGCCAAAACCAAUGUCGUGCCAAACGAUCGAGCCUGCGUGCCAAAUUUCGGACUGGCCGAAAGAUCACAUCCGAACUGCGGCCGGCAAUGGGAAGUCUGGUCAAUUUUUCACCUCGCUGUGCUUCUUGUUGUGGACGCUCUCUGCAAGAUUCUCGCAGCGCGGUCAAAACAAAAAGUUUCUCAUUUCUUCUAACUAAGCUAGCUUUUAGCCAGCACAAGAGAAACAGAAGAUGCGCUUGCCUUCAUUGGUUCUUGCCCUGCAGUGGGCACUAUAUCUGUUGCCAUUGAUGGCACAGGGAGAGACUACUACCGAGACUACUCUUCAAGUUCAAGAGGCUCCUUCUUGUGGGGCAGAGGAUCCUCAGUGCUUGGCGGAACGACCUCGAGCUGCUGACGAAGAAGUCUCCAAUGCUGUGAAUGCCAGUACUGCGGCUGGUGCUACCGGCAGUGGUGACAGUCAGUCUGACUUUGGAACUUGCGGUUUGUAUCUUGCUCGUUCUACCAUUCCGAAUGCGGGCCUCGGUUUGUUUGUUGGCAAUGACAUCCCUGCUGGGUCCACUAUUGGGGAAGAAGAGCUCUUUAUCACGAUCGUUGACAAGUUCAAGACGUUGCCGUAUCGUGGCAAUCAGCGCUUCCUUUCAUGGCUUGGUUAUGUUUACCCUGAAGAACCAGAAGCUUUUUGGCACUCUUCCGAUGAAGCAUUUCCUUCCAUUCAUCCCUCGCAUUACGACAUUGAGGAAGGCCUCAAUUCUGCAACGGAAUAUCCUUUUAUCGAUGCUCAAGGAGACCAAGUCAGUGCAUUUGUUCCUGGGAUUGCUUCCAUGGCAAACAGUCAACAGGAAUUGGCCAACAUUGAUAGAGACCCCACCGGUAAUCAAGCCGACUGGCCCUAUCCCGUCGCACCACCAUACUCACAAAACUACGGGGUCACCUAUCAGGCCACCAGGGAUAUUCCCAAGGGUUCAGAGCUCUUCUUGGACUAUGGCGACGCCUGGCAUUAUCGCCACCAGUUCAAGCACAAACAUGGUUUUGUUGAAUUUGCGCAGACACCAGAAGACUUUCACGAUGGCCAGGAUGUUUAUAUUCCCACCGAAGAAGAAAAACGAAAUAGACUCGCAGGCAUGGAAGAGGCGCUGCAUCACAGCCUUUACCGAAAAUUUCAAAAGGAGCUUGUUGAGGAGGCCAAAAGGAGAAGUAGAAAUGAUCAGGCCACCGUUGAAAAUUCCAAAACAGCCGAGGCAUCUCAGGAAGAAGAAACAACCAGCACCACCGCUACUACUACAACUACGGAACCAACCAAGGAACACCAAAUGUUCCCUAUUGGCACUUUUGUCGUGGAUCAACUCGAAGAAGAGCACUGGGCCAGGGGAACCGUCACACACUACGACGAAGCAGCAGAAACGUACGAAGUUACUUUCUUCAAUGGUCAUAAGGAAUACUAUUGGGACCUGGAGGAAAUGAAGGAGAUUGUCGAUAACGGCGUUGAAAAGAAAGAGUUCGUGCUACAACAGGAAUAUGAGAAACGCAUGCUGGAGAGGGCGCUCUAUCAAACGGAAACGGGAAACAAGAAAGCCGGAAGCAGGCCCCCGGCAUGGCUCCAGAGAAAUGGUCUUUGCAUGGAUAAUCUGCGCGCAGGUGAAUCCACCAUUCCAGACGCUGGUCGUGGUGCCUUUGCAACUCGAGCUAUUGCCAAGGGGGGAGUCAUUGCGUCGGCUCCGUUGUUGGUACUCAAGCGCGACGAUUUGAUCAUUUACGAAGCCGACGAAUCGACCCCUAUACUGAGAAAUGUCCUGAACUUUGACAAGGUUGUUGGGCAGGAGCUCUUGUUGAACUAUGCCUACGGAAAAGAUGGGUCUCCAAUUUUGUUGGUGCCAAUUGCUCCUGGUGUGAGCUUCAUCAACCACAAUGGGAAAGAGCCUAAUGCCAUGAUUCGAUGGCCCGAACACAAGUCGCAGCUCUUUCGGGAUGCCAAAGAGUGGCUUGAUUUGCACCCCCUGGACGUUUUGAAUGAGAGCGGCAAACUCAUGAUGGAGUUUGUGGCGCUUCGUGAGAUCCAACCGGGAGAGGAAAUAUACAUUAAUUACGGCAAGGCUUGGGAACAGGCAUGGGAGGCAUUCAAGAAUUCUGACCAGAAGUCAGAGUUUCGCCAUGAGAUUGAGGUGCCUCCGUCAUUCUACCCUGUUAAAUGGGAUCAAGAGGCUGUGUACAAGCUGGCAAACACAGAUGCGCCAUUGAAGCCUGGCGAAAUUGACGAGCUAAGAUGGGCGCACAACGGUGAGAGAGUGGCCGAUGGGGUAAUGCGCGUUGGUUUGCCCACGGGAUUCUCCGCGAAGAUGCGAGAAUACGCGGAAGAGAGAGGCAUCACAGGUCUAUAUGAAAGGUUGGUUUCUGAUACGUACCUUGAUAAUGACGGGUGGCACGUCCUUCGAAUGACAGAUGAAGAGGAGUGGUUUGCUCAUCGGUACAAGAACACGGCGUGGAAGUUCAACAUGCAUUAUGUUGCAGCCUGGAAUGAGGCUGCUCGGGCAAGUGUUUAUCGUACAAUGUUGGAUCUUGGGUUCGACGAGGCGUUGGGUUCCCUCGGAGAAUUUUUUGGUUUGAACCACACCACCUGUUUCCACAUGAGUUGGAUGGGCCUCUCCGAAGCUGACAAUAGCUUUACACAUGCUGACGUCUAUGCUUCAGGCAAGAAAGCUUACAACCUCAUUUUCCCGAUCAUCACAGUCGACGGAACCAAGCCAGAGCUCGAUGUUAUCAGUGAUGACGCAAACAUUGAAAUAUCAGUCAAAUACCAGCAUGAUGUCGCGUACGUUCUUGGAGACUGGGGCUACCACAAGACCAGCGCGAACGACAACGAGGGAGGCCAGCUUCGGUUGGUUGCGGGUACGUACUGCGGUCAAAUAGACGAGACCAAUGCUGAAAUGCUGGCAAACAUCUAUGACGGCGAAGACCCGGCACCAUUCAUGUCCCAGUUUCACCUUCCGAUCCAAGAGUUCCAUUGGAAAAAACAACCAGAUGAUGUCCCUGCUUCGGACUAGGCAUGCUUUGUCGCGGUGGGUCAAAGAUCGAUAUCGCGCCGCUGUAUUUGUACUGUACAAUAGAAUAAACAAUUACUGGAUGUCUUUCGUUUAUUG